GGCGAGGUUAGAGAAACACUUCUGGAGCGUGGAGAGAGCUCCGGUGGAGGCGGCUAGGGAUUCGGCUUCUCGUUGCUCGAUCGGUACCGACUGCUCCGACGAAGAUGACGCUCCCAUUUUUGCGCUGGAUUUUCUCCGCGAAAUCCGAAUCUUUUUCUCUCUUCCCCAAGAUAUCUUAUUUUUCGUUAUCCUGAAAACGACGUCGUAGCGUAACCAGUAGUGUCGACGUGGCGCGAGACAGCGCCAGAUGGCGCCACGUUUUCGGGUUCGGAUCGUGUUGUUGAUCCAACCCGAGAAGUUAGAGAAAGAAAGAAACUAUUUUAGCGGAUCCAAAAGAAAACAGACUCCACCGUCUGCAAUUUAAUUAGGGUUUCGCUGCGAUUUUGAGCUCAGAUUUUUUCAUCUUCAAGUUCAAUGGCGCCGCCUCCAGGUCUUUACUCCGGCACGAGCACUCUUGCUUUGGUUGCUCGUGUAUCGGCCGUCACUCUCGGUGUGGUUUACGGAAGCGUGAAGCAUAAAAUUUUGAAGGUUUGGUUCAUUCUCACUCUUUUUCUUUUUUUCUUUUUUCUUUUCAGAUCCGCUGCUUAUUUUUGUGAUUAAAUUUCUCUUGAAAAUUCACUGCUGUGCGAUAUAGUGCUUCAAUUUGUUAGUCUAUCUGUAAAUAAUUGGAUACAAAUUAGAUUACCGGUGGUUAUUGCCGUUUGAUUAGCUUCAAGUUCUCAAAAUUUAUGCUUCAGAUAACUGCAUUGUUUCAUUUGUUUGAUUACAUACCUUUUCGUGUGUGGAAAUUUCUCCAGUGUUACAGUCUAGUGUAAAUUAGUAAUAGGGAAACCCCUCUUUUCUUAUGGUUUUAAGGUCCUAGCGCUACUUGUCCUGAUUCUCGGUUUGAUUAGACUGGAAUGACAAUGCUUUACCCUGCCUUCAGUAAACCAAUAGACCCUGUAGAAUUCCAUU